AUGUCCUCUAAUACCAACACCUCUUCUACUAUGAAUACUUCGAAUGAGAAGUCCACUCCACGCGUGUCCACCUCCUCCGCUCCACCGCCUUACACACCUUCCGAUGCCUUCUCCGUCACAUCGAAUAGCUCGAAGAAGAGUCUGACGGGAAUCUUCCACCGCCGAAAGUCAUCCGGGUCUUCGACUUCAAGCAAGGAGAAGAAGCCGAAGCAGUACGUGAACAAGGAGCCGUUCUAUGCUGCUGCGGCGACGUAUGCGUCGACGCGGUAG